UCUAACUACACGUUCUUUUGCAUCACGUUCUUUACUCUACAUACUCCUGAGGCAACCUGAACGACAGCGUAAAGCUGGUUCUUUCACUGUUACGACAUGAACUCUCCGCUGUUGCGACAGGAAUAUGGCGACUCGUCGACUAGCUUACUACCUCCAAGGGCAGAAGGUCGCUCCAGGUCGCCAACAGUGAGCGAGUAUGACACGGGAUUCGCAGGACCAAGCAGAUCUCACAGUCCUUCAACGUAUGAAAAUUCGCUCGCCGACAAAUAUGCCCUGCAACUCAAUCCCGAAGACUGGGGCACGAGCGCUCUGCAUGUCGACACACCUGAACCAGAUGACUACCUUCACACUCCAGACCCAAAGCGUGAUCUUAAGAGUGACAAGGGAGGUCACAUUUUCACUGCGCGAGGGAUUGCCAACCUGGGAUGCCUAUUUCUCUUAGUCGCAUUGAUGCUUAUGUUAUUCCUCGUAUUUCCAAUCGUUAGUCACCUGUCCAGGAAGAAGCCAACUCCUCAGAAUGGAUUUAAUCUCGGUGGUACCAAUGCAACAGGACAGAUUCCAUCGAUGCCUGGCGACCGCGGCGUCAUAGAUGUCGAUACUCCGAAGGAAGCCUACACGAAGGCAUCGUACAUGAACCAAAACGACAUGUGGGACCUUGUUUUCUCUGACGAGUUUCAAGUCGAGGGACGGUCAUUUUAUCCCGGAGACGAUCCGUACUGGGAGGCUCCAAACUUACACUACUGGGGCACGAAUGAUUUGGAAUGGUACGAUCCAAGCCAAGUAACAACGAAAGGAGGCGCAUUGCAAAUCACACUGGAAAAGGCUGAUCCUGCUUCAAACCACAAUCUUACAUAUAGGUCGGGCAUGAUCCAAACAUGGAAUAAAUUCUGUUUUACAGGUGGCCUCAUUGAAACUUCCGUUAUCCUGCCGGGAUCUAACAAUGUCCAUGGUCUUUGGCCCGCUGUCUGGACAAUGGGAAAUCUAGGUCGUGCAGGCUUUGGUGCUAGUUUAGAAGGAUUGUGGCCAUACUCAUACGACAGUUGUGAUGUCGGCACGUUGCCAAAUCAAACUUUUCCUGGGACAUCCAAGCCGCUCGCUGCUGUACAGAACGGCGAUCCUGAGAAUGGUGGCGUCUUGGUCAGGUCUCUGCACCAUUUGUCUUUCUGGAUCUCCAUUCAUCUUUUGCAGUCAUAUUUGCCUGGUCAACGACUGUCUGCUUGUACCUGCCCUGGUGAAUCACAUCCUGGUCCAGUCCGUACAAAUGGCAAUUACGUUGGCCGUUCUGCGCCGGAGAUCGAUAUCUUCGAGGCGACAGUUGAUGGUGGGAUUGGCAAGGUUUCACAAUCAGCACAAUGGGCUCCUUUCAAUGCGGGAUACCAAUGGUUGAACACUUCCGACAAUCUGCAGAUUUAUCAUCCAAACCUAACUAUCCUGAAUCCUUACCAUGGAGGGGCGUAUCAACAAACUACUAGUGGUCUCUCACUCACGGACCAAGAUUGCUAUGAGCUUGAUAUGGGUUGCUAUAGCGUCUACGGGUUUGAAUACCAACCGGGGUUUGAUGCUGGAUAUAUCACUUGGAUUAGUGGCGGCGAGGCCGUCUGGACAGUCUAUUCCAGUGGACUAGGGCCUGAUACUGAGACCGAGAUUGGUGCCCGUAUUGUCUCUCAGGAGCCCAUGUAUAUCAUUGCCAACCUUGGAUUCUCACUCAAUUUCGGAGGAAUUGAUUUCGGGGACCUCCAGUUACCUGCGACCAUGUCGAUUGAUUAUAUUCGCAUCUAUCAGCCUUCAAAUGCGCACAAUAUUGGGUGCGAUCCCCCCGACUUCCCGACUGCCACUUACAUCGAAACGUACAAGGAAGCUUAUACUAACUUUAAUCUCACUGGGUGGAGCUCCCCAAGUUAUAAUCAGACAGUACCUAAGAACAGAUUGAACGGAGGGUGUUGAGCACUUAUGACUUAUCCACGUCAUCCGUACAUUCACGACUUGCAGGAUCAUUGCUUAUUGGGAUUUGGGUUGUUUCAUUGCAUAUCAUUCUUGCAUCACACGCAUUUUACUGAUGGUUCUUGCACAUAUCCGCACCACAUUCACAACUGUUACUUAAUACUUACCUUAAUUAGGUAUAUACUACAGUCUACAGAUGCCUAUUCAAUAAAUUGUUGAUUUCUGAUCACGUGAGUAGUCGCGUCAUGGUCAGCCGCUA